AUGUAUCAUAGAACAAUCGAACAAUAUAAAAUUCGAAAAUUAAUUUACCAGACCGUUUGAAAAUUUAAAGAUGAAAUUAAAAAUCCGUAAUAUCUUCACAAAGUUCAGGAAAUCUAUAAACAAAGGUCUUGAAUCAGCAAGCGAAAGAAUAUCAACUUUCAAGAAAGCAAGAGCGGACUUGAUCAAAAAUCUUGAAGAAGGCAUGCCUGAACUUAUCAGCUACAAGAAAAUAAAAGAUGAAUUACCAAAUCUUCAUGUAGAGAAGACUGAAACAGGAACAGUCCGCAUUGGAAAAACCGAUAUCGGUGAUCUUGAGUUCCACAUGGAAUCCGGUCGCUUCAGAAAAGUCUAUGAUAGUUUGGGAAUAUCAAACAUAAUAAGCGAGGAUAUUGAAAAGGGUAUGCGAAAACAAUUAAACUCUGCAGCAAAGAAGAUUGCCGAUUUGGAAGAAGAAGUUGCUAAGUUUAAAACAGGAAAGAUGAAGGACUAUGAUAUACCGCUCGAUAAGGCGAAGGAGAAGCUUUCAACGACUCAGAAAAAAAAAUUGACAAAUCAUUAUAAUAAAGGAUUGAAAAUAGCGGCUGCUACUGGUGUAGUAGUAUUAGGAGUAGGAAUAGCAGCACUCGGUAUUGACCAACUGAUUCAAGAAUGUCACAAGGCCAAAGGCUGCUUUCUAUUUAAAAGUGAUACCGGAGAAGCUGGUAGGUGCAAGUUGGAGAAUCGCUCUUGUGCUUACAAAGAUCAUCCCCAUAGAAUUCCCCAAUGCAAUUCUACGGUAAUGGAUAAACUCAUGCCUAACUUGAACCUGGUGAUGAGGUACCUCAUGAAAAACAGUGACACUACAUUGUUUACGGACUUCAAAUCUUACUUGGAAACAAAUUUUUCAGGUGACAAAGAAAUUAUUACUACCACAUUGCAGAAAAUGAAGGAGAAUACCAUCACGAACAAGGAAAUUGAGGGCUUUAUCCAAAGAUCGGCCUUCGAAGAGAAAUUGAAUCAAUUCUGCGAAAUUAAUAGAAAUUCAUUGACAUUUACCGAUUUUUGUGACUUGCUCGAUGACAAAGAGAGGACAGAAACUGUGUGUGUAGCUUGCAACCCUUCUGCACCUCACAAUUCGUUACAAUAUGUCAAUAUUGAAGAUCUGCCCGAUAACCUAAGACCCCGCUGCGAUGAAAAUCCGACUUUGUGGGAAGCGUUUGUUAAAAUUUCUGGUGACACUCCGCGUGACAUUGCCGAUGCGUUAGGACUCACGGAGGCCUGGACAACUAUUGCAAAGUGGGUUGGUGUGUUCAUUGGGGUCAUGCUGCUUUUCAUAGGCGUCGGGUAUCUCAUGUACAUGUUUCGGACGAAAGGUGGGGAUGAUGAGAUAAGUUACUCCAAACUUGAAAAUGAAGAUGACGAAGAUGAUAAUCAUAAACAUCACAAAGAUCACAAAGAACAUCACAAAGAUUAGAAAAAGACGGAAGAAUCUAAAGUUUAGAUGGAUUUUAAAUUGAGAUUUUUGAAUAUUGAAAUAUUUUGAAAACAAUUUUUUUAAUUUUU